AUUUUAAAAAUUAUUAUAUUAACUAAUUUAAUUAUAGCAAUUAUUUUAACAAUAAUAAAAUCACCUAUUAGAUCAAAUUUAAUUAUUUUAAUUCAAACAAUAACAUUAACUAUAAUAAUUAAUUUAAUUAAUAAAACAGCAUGAAUUUCAUUUAUAAUUUUUAUUCUAUAUAUUGGAGGAUUAAUAAUUAUUUUCUUAUAUAUUUCAAGAAUUGCUUUUAAUGAACUAAAUAUUAAUAAAAAUUACAAAAACAUAAUUUAUAAAAUUAUUUUUAUAUCUUUAAUAUUAUAUUAUUUUAAAAUAUAUUUUAAUAUAGAAAAUAUAAAUUAUGAAAAUAAAUUUUUAUUUGAAGAUAAUUUUUAUUUAUUAAAUAUAUUUAUAAUACCUAAUAAUAUUCUAAUUUAUAUAAUUAUAUUUAUUCUUUUUUUUAUAUUAAUUUUAAUUAUUUGAAUAUUAAAAAUUAAUAAAGGACCAAUUCGACAAAAAAAUAAUUAA